AUGAAAGACAAGAGGAAGAAGAAGGACCGCACCUGGGCCGAAGCCGCCCGCCUGGCCUUAGAAAAGCACCCCAACUCGCCAAUGACUGCAAAGCAGAUACUGGAAGUCAUUCAGAAAGAAGGGCUAAAAGAAACAAGAAAUGGAACUUCCCCAUUAGCCUGCCUGAAUGCGAUGCUUCACACUAACACUCGUGUAGGGGAUGGAACCUUCUUCAAAAUCCCUGGAAAAUCGGGACUUUAUGCACUCAGAAAAGAGGAAUCUUCUGGCUCAGCUGAUGGAACAUUGGAUUUAGGCUGCGAGUCUGAAUUAGAUGGCACGGAAAUGGCGGAGGCAAGCAGUAGUAAUGGAGAAGAAAAUGGAGUUUGUGCAAAGCAGGUAACUGAAGAAGUGUCUUCCAAUCGAGACUCGAGCCUUACUAACCCUGCAGUGCAAAGCAAGCUAGUGUCUUCCUUCCAGCAACACACCAAAAAGGCACUUAAACAGGCUUUGAGACAGCAGCAGAAAAGAAGAAAUGGAGUCUCAAUGAUGGUAAACAAGACUGUUCCUCGUGUUGUUUUGACACCAUUAAAGGUGUCUGAUGAGCAGUCGGAUUCACCUUCAGGGUCAGAGUCUAAAAAUGGUGAUGCGGAUGGUUCAGAUAAAGAAAUGAAACAUGGACAAAAAUCCCCAAAUGGGAAACAAAUGAGUCAGCACUUAAAACGAUUAAAAAAAUCCGGUUUAGGGCACUUGAAAUGGACCAAAGCUGAGGAUAUUGACAUAGAAACACCAGGAUCUAUUCUCGUGAACACUAACCUGAGGGCUUUAAUAAACAAACACACUUUUGCCUCCUUACCUCCGCAUUUUCAACAAUACCUCCUGCUUUUGCUCCCGGAAGUGGACAGGCAGAUGGGAAGUGAUGGAGUUUUGCGCCUCAGUAAUUCUGCUCUAAAUAAUGAAUUCUUUGCAUAUGCAGCACAAGGGUGGAAGCAGCGAUUGGCCGAAGGUGAGUUUACCCCAGAAAUGCAGUUGCGGAUUAGGCAAGAGAUUGAGAAGGAAAAGAAAACAGAACCUUGGAAAGAGAAAUUCUUUGAAAGAUUUUAUGGAGAAAAGUCGGGAAUGUCAAGGGAGGAAUCGAUGAAGCUUACUUCAGGAGAGAACAAGGAGGGAGAGGAGAGUAACUCGGCAUGUGGUUCUUCCUCUUUGCCUGACCCGUCUACACCGUCACCCUUUGAAGAACAGCAGUCGAAAAAUAUGCAAAGCCCACCUUUGCCAGAGACCAAUUUCAGUGAACCCCUCUGCCACAUGGAGCAGGCCCCCGCUAAGGAUGCGAUGGCUGAAUCGGAGCCAGAGGAUAUACUAAUUCCUGAGGAAUCCGUCAUUCAGGAGGAAAUUGCGGAAGAGGUAGAGACCAGUAUCUGUGAGUGCCAGGUUGAAGAUCAUAAGCGAGAACCCGAAUUUUCUGAGGAAUCCGUGAGCCCGGCUCCUCAGAAGGAAGAAACAGAAGCCGUGCCACGCACCGAUAAGGCGGAGCCCUGUGUCACGAUGAAUGAUGUCCUGGCUACCUUGCCUCAUGUUGAAAUUAAGGUGGAAGAGAAAUCGGAAUCCCCUCAGGAAGAAAUGUCAGUUGUUAUUGAUCAACUGGAUGACUGUGAAUCUCCCGCACCUUCUGUUUCCUCUGCAAAUUCUGCCAGCGAUACAGCCGAGAAGGAGCCAGAAACUGCCACGGAGACCGGUGCUACCGACACACAAAGGGCGGCCUCGGCUCAGGAAGGUGUCUUCCCAAGUGAAGGCGGGGCUGUGGAUAUGGAGCUGCAGAGCGAUCCUGAUGAAAACGCCUGUGUCUCUGAAACGUCCUUCUCCUCUGAGAGCCCCGAGGGAGCGUGUGCCAGCCUCACGUCCCCUGGAGGGGAAACGCAGACUCCGUCCGAAGAGCCGUGUACGCCAGCCUCCCUUGAAGCAGCUUUCUGUUCCGAGGUGUCGGGUACUGAACACACCGAAACCGAGAGCCACCGAAAGCCUUCGGAUGAAAGCCUCCAGCCCUCUUUACUGGCGGAGAUAUCACCGAUGUCCACGUCUCCUGGAACUUCAGAGGCGUCCCUCGUGUCCAGCUUACCCUUGACGGCCGAAGCCUCGCCCGUGUCCAACUUACCUUUGACAUCAGAGACCUCGCCGAUGUCAGAUUUACCAUCGACGUCGGAGACCUCAUCCGUGUCCUCGGUCCUUCUGACUUCUGAGGCGUCGCUCGUCACCAGCUUACCUCCCCCUUCUGAGGCCUCGACCAUUUCCGACUCCCCCAGGAGCGAAAGACUCACACAUCUACAGAGGAAGUCCCCGUCCAUUCCUGAAGAAUCGCUCUCACCCCUGAAGGACGAGCUCCCUUCCCCUCCCGUGACUCAGGGAGAGAGCCAGUCCUCGCAGCCGAAGAAGGUUCAGAGUACACCGGAGACGAUAGUAGGCUCGGUGACCUUUGCCUCCGGGGCCCCAGCAUCCGAAGACCCCCUGGGCAGAAGCCUCCAACCCCAGCCGGGUAGGCCCCAGGCAGAAGUCGAGAAACCGUGUGCCGCUUCUGUUCCAGAAGUCCCGACUCCAGAUGUGGUCAAGGUUAAGAAUCACAGUGCCCAGCAAAGAGCCGAGAGAAAAGGCGUGCCCUCCCCACCGCAAGGGUCCACGCCAUUGGAAGGGACGGCCGGUAGGACCGCCGAGCCUCUCCCACCCAAGUCCCAUGACAAGCAAUAUACCUCACCGCCAGACAAGGCUCCCUUCUCUGAGGGGUCCCGAACUAAGGCCCACAAGCAAGGGAGCACCCAGCAUCGGUCGGAAAGCUUGCAUUCUUCCAAGCCUUCGGAAGCCACCAAGUCCCCCGACGGGCUCAGGCCCGAAAGCAGGGAGCCGGAGAUCUCCAAGAGGAAGACUGCCGAGCAGCACGGCUUUGGCACUUGCAAGGAGAAGAGGGCCCGGAUAGAAGAUGAUCAUCGCCCGGCCCGUGGGGCUUCCUCCUCCGCCGUUUCACCCGAGAAAGAGCAGCCUCCAAGGGAGGAGCCCAGAGUUCCUCCUCUCAAGAUUCAGCUUUCUAAAGUCGGGCCACCUUUUAUUAUCAAGAGCCAGCCAGUCCCCAAGCCGGAGUCGAGGGCGUCCUCCAGCGCGGCCAUGAGCGGAGGGAGGAACACCGGGGCCAGAACCCUCGCUGACAUCAAGGCGAGAGCUCAACAAGCAAGAGCUCAGAGAGAAGCCGCCGCCGCCGCUGCCGUGGCUGCUGCCGCCAGCAUAGUCUCUGGCACCAUGGGGAGCCCAGGGGAAAGUGGCAAGACAAGGACUCUAGCACACAUCAAAGAGCAGACCAAGGCCAAGCUCUUUGCGAAGCAUCAAGCCAGAGCCCACUUAAUCCAGGCCAGUAAAGAAGCCAAGUUGCCCCAGCUCAGCACCAAGGAGGGACCCCCGGCUUUAGAAGUCUCAGCAUCUCCUGACACGAAGAUCGAGGGUUCAACCGGUGUCAUCAUCAUCAAUCCGAACUGCAGGUCUCCUAGCAACAAGCCUGCUCCCACUCUAUUGCAGCAGUCACUGGCUACCACGAAACUCCAGGAAAGCGCAACCGACCUCUCUCUGCAGAGUCCCGACGAGAAUAUACCUACGUCACAUUUGUCUGAGAAAAUCCUUGCAUCUACCUCUUCGGAAAAUAGCAGUGUGCCCCUGCUUUUUAAUAAAACUUCUGUCCCCAUGUCUGUCUGCAGCACUGCUCUGUCGGGAGCGAUUAAAGAACUUCCCUUUGCAAGUGCCAUUGAUAAAUCCUCUGUUUUAAUGUCUGUCGACGGCGCCAACACUACGGUUUCUGCCUGUAGCCUGAGUAUGCUAAAAUCCAUCCAGGGCACGGACCCCGCGGGCCGAGCCGUCGGACCAAAAUGUAUCGAUAACACUACCGUUCCGGCCUCGGUAGAGGGCACGGUCUUAUCCGGCUCCAUCGACGAUCCGAGGUUGCCGAUAUCGAGCAGCAGUGCUAAUAACUUCAUCUCCAGCCAAUACACCACUGUGCCAACUCACCUCCCCGCUAGCUCAGUCUUAAUUCCCCCAGUGGGAGCCAACCACAGGUUUUCUUCAGAUAAGCUAGUCCCACCUGGCUGUGAGGAGCCAGCGACCGUGUCCCUGAGCGCCGCUGGGAGAGCAGCUUUGAGCUGCGGCAAUGCGACCGUAGUCCCGGACCCCUUGGCCACCCGCUCCUCCCUCGCGAUGUUUCCAGGAAACGUGUCGACGGUGGGCCCUUACGACAGCCCGGCGAACUUGAGCACCGAAGGUCUGGAUAAGAGUUCCGGGCUUCGAGGCAGGACAGACCUCCUCGGCAAACCUCAGGGGCCCGGGGGCUACCCGCCGGUGGCCGCAAACAGAUCCAUCCCCUGCAAAGUCAUCGUCGACCACAGCACGACGCUGGGCUCGGGGCUGCCCCUGGCAGUUGGCAUCGAGAGCGCGGAGGCUGGCGUGGACCCUCAGAGCAGGCCCGGGAGGACGGACGCUGCCUUGUCGAGCGCGGCCUGCCCUCAAGUGUCUGUCAUCAGCAGGCCGGAGCCAGCGGCCAGGGAAGGCGCGGAGCCCGGCUCGGGCUUCGUCCCCGCCGCCGUCAAGCCGGACGGCCAGACCCUGCAGGCCGCCUGCCCCAACCUCCGAGAAUCAGCCCUCGCUCCUCCGGAUCAGUUGGGCGAGGGGGCCGUCCCCUCGAGCCGUGGCUUCGCGGAGCCGCCGCGCUGUCCAGCUUCCUUCAAGGGCGAGGCGGACGUUGCUUGCGGCAGCCAGUACCCCACGGGUCACCGCAUCUGCUGGAGCGACGAGGAGGCGCGGAUCCCGGUGGCGCCCGGGGCCGGCCACCUGAGUGUGCCGCAGCAUAAGGAGUUCUCGGAGCCCAGCUGCCUGAAAGCGCUCCAAGCCGAGCAUCCGGGUUACCCCCGUGGGGUGGAGCUCCACCCUCGGAAUCUGGCCCCUGGCCUGACCCUGCCCGUAAAAUCGGAAAGCUACGAAGCCAACAAGUGCUUCCGUAUGGACACGGGCGACUUCCCCGGGGCCGAGACGGCCCUCCCGGGCCCGGAGGUGGCCCCGGGGCCCCAGACGACCCACACGUCCAAGACCCCGGCCCCCAGCUCCUUGGAGGAGACGCUGUCGCUGGCUCCGGAAACCCUGAACAGGGUCGCGGGGGCCGGGAGCUCUAGCUGCCGCCUGUCCUCCGUCGAGGCCAACAACCCUCUGGUGACUCAGUUGCUGCAAGGCAACCUGCCCUUGGAGAAGGUGCUGCCUCAGCCCCGCUCGGGCGCCAAACUGGAAAUCAACCGGCUGCCCUUGCCGCCGCCCCCGCCCAUGGGGUGCAAGGUGGGGCCGGACAGGAACGCGCUCGAUCUGCCUUCCGGCUCCCCCAAUCCAGAUGGCAAAGGCUACCUGCCGGGGACCCUCCUGCCCCUGCAGAUCCGGAAGCGAGAGAGUCACCCCAAGAAGAGGAUGGCCAGGACCGUCGGGGAGCCGCACCUUCAGGUCAAGUGUGAGCCCGGGAAGCUGCUGAUGGACGUGGACCUUCAGGGGGCUCCCUGCGUCGGCGGCUCCGGCCUGAAUCCCCUGGCCCACGGGCAGCCCUUCAAGCAGGAGUGGCUGGGCAGGCAGGCCCUUCAGAGCCGAGCGGCCCCCGGCCCCGAGGUCAAGCAGCAGAAGAGGCCCCUCCCCUCAUGCGGCUUCCAGCAGAACCUGUUUCCGGCGGACAAGAACAGCGGUUUCCACCCGGAGGCCGGGACCCCGCACAGGCUGCCUCAGUUCUACCAAAUCCCCGUGACCGCCCGGAGCCCCAUGCCUCCCGGGGCACUCUUGCAAGCGACUUCCAAGGGCCCGCCCGGCUGCACCGCCUUUGCCUACGGCAGACACCUAGAACAGAAAGGCUUGGGGGAGGUCAGCGUAUCGACAACGGCUCACCAGCUGCGGCUGGCUAGCGUCCUGUCGCCCAACAUUCAGAUGAAGGAAGGCGACGACCCGCCCGGGGCGCCCCACGUGCUGCAGAAUAAGCCUCUGCAUCCUCCCCCUCCGCCGCUGCCUCCUCCCCCUCCGCCGCCGCCGCCGCCUCCUCCUCUACCUCUACCGCCGCCUCAUCCCAAUUCGGAAGUCCCGUCCGAACCGAAACCGUCCCCGGUUACCAUGGAAACCACUAAAAGACUCAGUUGGCCUCCACCCGCCGGCAUAUGUAGCAAUAUCAAAUCGGAACCCCUUUCGUUUGAGGAAGGUCUUAGCAGCAGCUGUGAACUGGGCAUGAAGCAAGUUUCCUACGACCAGAAUGAAGUGAAAGAACAGUUGAAAGCGUUCGCGUUAAAAAAUGCCGACUUCUCUUCCUAUUUACUCUCUGAGCCACAGAAGCCUUUUACCCAGCUAGCUGCUCAGAAAAUCCAGGUGGUGCAGCAGCAGCAGCAGCAGCAGCAGCAACUGUGUGGGAAUUAUCCGACGAUACACUUUGGUAGCACAAACUUCAAGAGGGCAGCUUCUGCCAUCGAGAAAUCCAUCGGAAUGCUGGGAAGCGGCUCCGGCGGCGGCGCCGCGAGCCUGUCUGGUCAGAACGCUCAGAUUCCGGUUCAGAACUUUGCCGACGGCAGCAACGCGGACGAACUGGAACUGAAAUGCUCUUGCAGGCUGAAAGCCAUGAUUGUGUGCAAAGGCUGUGGGGCCUUCUGCCACGAUGACUGCAUAGGCCCCUCAAAACUGUGUGUAGCUUGCCUGGUUGUCCGAUAGGAGCCGAAUCAACGAUGCAGUAUCCCUUUUCAGCAUGGAAGAGCCAAACAAAAACCCUUCCGUAACCGUAGUGCUUUUCAUCCGUAUCCGUCUAAUUUAUUUUAUUUUAUUUUGGUGACUGUCCUUUUUUUUUUUUUCAUUUGCCUCUUACUGUUCAGUUACUUUUUCUUGCCCAACAUUCCUUGGAAAGGAAAGGACGUAACCCACCGGGAUGGCUUGAGGGCACUUUUGUCUGCUUUCUGGCCUUGAUAAAAAAAAAUAGAUUAUUUAAAAGCCUCAUUCCCCGCUUUGACAGCAAUCUGCCCCGCUUUGACGGCAGUCUGCCUAUGCGUAGCAGCGCACCACCUGUGUGUUUUUCGGUCUAGGUGAGACUUGCUCUUGAGAUGAAGUAGCCAAAGGGACAGAGUCAUUUGAUUUCGAGAAACGGCAAAUGGUGAAUUUAAGGAGGGAAUGACAAAAGCAAUUUACAGCUGUUUGCUACAAAUGGGCCAUUCCACCGGCUAAACUGGCUUGUGCUUUCGCUAAUUAUUUGCUUCGACCUGGCUUUACCAUCCUUGAGUGGCUUAUAUUCAGUCACACAAAGUAAAGGGAAUCCGAUGUCUAGGUGUGAUUUGUGAGUUGUUUGUUCAUUCCUCUAAAGGAAGCAUUAGGGAGGUAAGAUUUUAAUGAAGCCAGCUGUUUUUAUGCACUUCCCCCUCCCUCCUUCCCUCCUCCCCUUCUACUCCCACCCCACCCGUCGCCUCGGCCCCUGCCAACCCCCUGCCCUGCAAAGCCUGUUGCUUGUGAAUGAGGUGGAAUAGCUGUGCCUGCUCUGGAAUUUGCAUAGCUCUACCAGAGUGGCGAAGGUAAGUUACCACCCUAAAUACUUAACGGCGACAGAACCAUUGUAGACUUCUGACAAAGUGGUUCUGGCCCCGUGGCCCCCAAGUCGACUUAGAAUAGUUAUUGAUGAUCCCACUGAAAGGUGUGGCUGAUGGACAGCUUUAAAAAUGUGUCUUAUGGUGAUUUACCCUCUGUAUAACUAUUUGAUGCUGAAUUUUUAAGUCCAUUUAAAAAUGCUCUUGGUAAUGCAUGCUCUUUUAUUCUCCCCCUUUUUUUUUUUCGUUUGUUUUGCUUUUGUUUUUGUUCUCAAAGUAAUUCAGGACCUGCCAGGUAUCUGGGAGAGUGGGAGUGCUUUUUAAAAAGGGAUACUGCAUCUUUUAAAUCAUCUUACCUGUUUAUCCAGUACUGUAUAUGCGUUGAGGAUUCUAGCUGCAUUCCAGACACAUUGGCCACUGUGUCAUCAGUGGAAAACAGUUGUAAUUUGGGGGGCCCAGUUUAUGGAAACAAGCACAUGAGGUGUGUGCAAGAGAUGGGAAGAAAAGAAGACCUAUCCAGUUACUCCAGAUGAAAGAGCACAACAUUUGGAGUGCCAGUCACCCACAUUCUUCUGAUUUGGGGCUAAGGCCACCGCAGUAAUUCCCCAAAAUCUGGUAGGAACGGUCAUUUAGAGGUAGGUAAGGACCACCGUAUAGUCUACCAAGGGGCCUUCUGAACCAGUGUAAACUCCACACCAUUCCCUUAGCCACUGUCUUAACUGUGACUGGGAAUGAGUGGAAAUUACAUUCCUGCGCUAAAAAUUGGUGAUGAAACAAAGUUCUGCGGUGGAAGUUUUUCCAUUCUGUUGUCAUGUUACCAUUUUUUUUUUUUUUUUGGUCAUCCAGCCAUUUUUUAAGCAACAGUUGCCUAUACAAAGAGCUCCCGUCUCUUACAAAAGGCCUCCUCUGUGGAAGUGUGGGAGCAGCCAACUCCUAAUGGCAACUAUGCUUGAGCACCAGCUUGUAUAUUUGAAGGGAUCUUUUUAUUUUGGUGUCCUGUUUAGUUUCUCCACAUUUACCUGGUAAAUUUAACAAAGUCAUAUCAGGCUAGUGUGUCUUAUCUCAAUCCUUCCCAAUCCCCCCACCCCAUUCCCUCAGGAGAUGAAAAUAACCCACUGAUUUCCCAGUUUCAGACUCAAUGACCACACUGUGUGGGUGUCAGUUUCUGUUUGCACCAGCAGCUUGAAAAAUAUUGUAGCAGCGACUGGCACAGGGUUGAAAGAAAUUCCAGCCCAUGAAACAUUUGCACUUGGCAUGCAAGGUAUGAAUGUGGUUAACGUGAGACCCAAUUCAUUAUCAGAUCAGUCACUUUCAUAUCAACCUGGCAAGCUGUUUACUAGGGGUGAGGGUACGUGUCCGCUAACAUUUGAACCUGGAGGUGGUUUUUCGUGCGACUGAGCAGAGAUAGUCCAUUGAUAGUUUCACGGGGGCGUUGACGGUCGUGUCUUAGCCCCAGUUGGCAUUUUCCUGUUCAAAGUCAGUUCUGGUUUGCCAUUGCCUGUUCUGGUUUCGCCCUCAUUUUGGUUUCCAAUGUUUAUGCAGCCGGUGUUUCCGCAAAAAGAUAUCCCCACGCCGGCGGUUAAAGAGAAGCAGUGUGACUGUGCCAGCCUCAGCGGGCAUCCAUUUAAUUUAUAUGCAAAAGCUAGCUGGUGCACUUUGGGCUCGUGUGUCUCCGGUAGCCCCUUUGCCCAGGCCAGUGCCUAAGUAAGCUUCUUGUGGGCAGGGGUUGCGUCUACCAACUCUGUUGUUCUCUCCCAAGCAAUGAGUAUGAUGCUCUGCCCACAGUAAGUGCUCAAGAAAACCACUGAUUGAUAGGUGUGCAGACGUUACCUUUGGGUGUGUUGGUUGUGCUGCCUCUGUUGUGUGCCGUGUCAGAUACCGUUGACCUGAAUAUCUCCCCCAUGGGAAUUAUUUGCACGUUUACAUUUUUUUUUUUUUCCUGGAGAGCCUCAAACUUAUUUCCCUAAGUAGCACUUUUGGAGCAGGGGAGGGGAAGAAAGCUCUGCUACCCCUGACCUCUAUUUUGAUGGUGGGUGGAAGACAGGCUAAUGAAGGUGUUACCGGGUAGAAUUUGUUUUCAAAAUGAAACUAGUUUUCUUUCCCGUCAUGGAAAUUACAUAAAGGUCUGCAGUGAGAGCUCCCUAUUUGUUUAGGGUUUACCUGCUGAGGUGUCUAGUACCUGCAGAAGUGAAUGAGCUUGAAAGAAACGAGCCCCAAGGUCGAACAAUUAAGCAAAAUAUCCCCGUGUGCUCUCCAGCGUCUCGGAAUGAGAGAGGGUGUCGUGUGUGGUCGGGGCGAGCUGUGGAAUGUUCUGUUGUUUUCAGGGCCAUGGAAUUUCUUGCUCAGUUCAAAAGAAAAAUGAAAAAUUUGGUGCAUAUGGUGCUUUAUAAUGCAGUCAGGAGUAGGAUUACUUUAUGCUGCAGCCCAAUUCCCCUUAUACAAACACACGCACAAUUUCAGAAAAGUUAUUGUACCCUCUGGUUUAACAGUUCCUUGAAGGUGAGGUGAAGAACAGGGUAUAAUCGUUCAAGUUUCGAGAUCAGAAAUGCCAUCGCCUCCCUGGAUUUGGGCCCGGGACCAUCGUGGCUGCCCAAUGGGGUUGACCUUGAAGGGCCAAACAUUCGGAGACAUGGAGGGGCAGUGAUGCCCCUAGUCCUCUAGGUUUCCAAGGAAUACCAUGGAGAAUUAGAGACAGUGCUUGGCCAGCUAAUGUGGGCCUAAAAUGUUUCUGAAUCUCACAGUCCUGUAGUCUUCAGUCCCCACGCUUCAUCAUUGUCAAACCGAGAAAAAGCAUUUUUUUAGUCUAAUUUAAAGGAGCUGCUUUUUUUAUAGCACAUACUAUUUCGCUUUGUACUAUAUUUGAUAGUUACAGAAUAAUUUAGUCUGUAGAAUAACUUUGUUGUAUUUGUACUGUUCAUGAAUGUUACAAAGAAAGUGCUUUACUUGGUUGCCAUAAUUCUCUUGUACUGCUGUAAAAUAUUUCGUUUUCUGCUUCACAGAAACCUAAUCUGAUUCAUAUUUUCAGUACAGGGUUUUGUGUGUGGGGGUGUGUGUGAGCGCGCACGUGUGUGUGAAUGUAUGUGUGGGUAUGUUUGGGGGUUUUUUUUCGUCAGUAUUCUGAAUGUUUACAUCUGUUUGACAUUAGCCAUUCAAUGCCUUUUUUAGGGCAGUAUUACUCCUUCGAUGUAACAGCAAAAUGUGAAAUCAACCCAGACUGAACAUGCAUGGUAAAUCCAGAUUCAGGGUGGAAGUCCUAAACCUGCAUGUCUAUUUUUCAUCAGCAUAGAGAAAAGUAAAAUCCUCCUUCAGUCCUCUACCAAAGAAAAUAUUAUUCCCACAGGAAAAACUCAGAAAAGGUUCACAAAAUCCUCAGAAGGGGGAGCAGUUGAUUUUUAAAGGGACUGCUACAAUUUAAUACUGUGUUAUGCUUGCUUUGUUACCUGACUAAAUGUGACCAAGUGCAACAAGCAUUUUAACAAUUUUUUUAGACAGUGUUUUGUUUAGAAUUCAGGGAUCAUGCAUUCUUUAAUGGUGCUGUUUGUUUAUUUGUUUUUUCUACAAAAAGAAAACAUGUGUUGCCUCCAAAAGUGACUGCUCACAGGACCAUAAAUGAAAUGAACUGUUUGUCUCUCCACCUUUCUCUGUUUUCCCCUCCCUGAAGUAACAAUUUGGGCUUCAAUAUUCGAAUAUUCUGAAGAAAAUAAAGAA